AUGCAUCCAAAAAGCGGCCCCUUAAGGGAAAUUGAUCCCUCCAUGAUCAAUAUCACUCGGCAUAUUACGAGCUCUGAGGCAUCUUCAAUAUUUGAGGUAGAAGUGGAUGGGCAAAAGUACAUAUUGAAGCUUUUUCACGACAACGGCGACCCUGGGUAUGCCGAGAAUGGCCGUGAUCUGAACCGAUUUCGCUGCGAAUUCAAUGCAUACGAGAAGCUCGUUACGUCCGGUGUUUGUGAGCGCCGCGUCGUUCCAAAAUUUCACGGCUACAUCGAUAGAGUGGAUCCAGCUCUAUUCUAUCCGACUUUCCAACAUUUCGCCCAUGACAAGUUCCAACCGAGAGGGAUGUUACUAGAAUACCUCCCAAAUGCAGAGAGUUUGAAUUGCGUGAAUUACUCGGACGUGCUCUUUCCCCAGGCAAUUGAGGGCAUGAAGGAGAUACACAAAGCGGGCGUUCACCACCAAGACAUCUACCCAAAAAACAUACUCCUUGUUCGUGGAAACCCAGAUAGACUGGUCUGGAUUGACUUUGAUGUUGCAACGACCUUUACCGAUCCUGAGCCUGAACAGCUCGCGCUCUCUGACUACGAAAUUGAGCUCGUGAAGGGAUUUGGCGAUGCGCUGAGAGAUGACCAGGCCGAGGGACUUCCUCCGAAUACCAAAUUCUAUUGA